AUGGGUGGUUUCUUCCGGGUGGACUAUCUGAGCCAGCGAGGAAAGUGGUUACAGCUGGGAAAACUCCUGGCUGUCGUCUUCAUACCAAUAUUUGCGGGCUGGGCCUUCACCUUGUAUAGCAUAGCGGAGAAUGUUAUUGCGAAGAAUGUGUACCUAGAGGCACAGGGCACCAUGAUGAAAUCAAUUGCACUUGGGAGGUUGCUUUUCAACAUACAGAAGGAACGCGACAUGUCGAUCCUGUACAUCAGUCGACUGGGCCUCGGCUCCAAAACAUUCCUGCUAGCAGAUUACGACAAGACGGAUCAAGCCUUUGAACAGAUGUGGACCUGGCCCGUAGAGUUCACAACAAAUGAAAUGAAGCAGUUUCGAAGUAAAGAAAACCUUAUGUCGUAUAUCAACUUACACAGAACUGCCCUCGACAUUACUACAUCGACCACAAAAUCUGAGAUCGAAUUCUACAAUGGAAUCGUGGAAUUCAUAUUGGAUUGGAUGAUCUUCAACAUCCAAGGAACAGGAUUUGGAAACGUUUGGAAGACGUUAGUCGUGUUCCAGAAGAUCACAUGGUGCACGCUUGACGCCGGGGCAGAGAGGGCGUAUGGCUCCUUGUUCUUUGCAAAUGGAAACUUCCCUGACGCAGGCAUGUAUGAUGAAUAUUUGAAUCGCAUUUCGCGCUUUAAUCACAACUUCAAAACUUCCGCUUUCUUUUCUGACCUUGUGGAUACUUCAACGGAAGAGAAUCUUGAUAGCAACACAUACACAAGUGCUAUAAGGGUUCUUAGAACUGAAAUCAGGUACUAUAACUUCAGGGGGAACUAUUCUUCCAUUGUUAAAGCACAGGCUUAUUUUGACAAUACGACGUUUCGGAUAGAUUACCUGUACACUCUUCAAGAAUCAUUAGCCAAAAGGGUCAUCCUAAACAUGAAUGACACUCUUAAAGACAUCGAGUUGCAAGUGAUCGCCUAUGUGGUUGUAGCAGUGAUUGUUAUUGGGGCUUGUCCGGUCAUCAUGUUCUUUUCUGAAGCACUGACGUCGCAUAUGCAAACUUAUUCAAAAGUUCUUAUGAAAGCGUCAAGCGAUCUGAAGGACGAACAAAGCAAAACCGACAGCCUACUGUACCAAAUGUUGCCGAAGCCAGUAGCCGACAGACUUAAGAAAAACUCAAAGGUUGAGUCUGAAUUCUUCAAAUCUGCAACAAUCAUGUUUACCAGCAUAGUGGAUUUCAACGAACUUACCACAAAAAUGUCUCCUCUUGCCCUUGUGGACUUGCUUAAUGUCCUCUACACGGCUAUUGACGAUAAACUGAAGAUGUUCGACGUGUACAAAGUUGAGACAAUCAACGACACCUACAUGGUUGCUUCAGGAGUUCCGAUACCAAACGGUUCCCGGCAUCCAGUUGAGAUUGCCUAUCUGGCGCUGGAGAUCGUCUCCAUGAUCAAGAAGCAAACGUUUGGUGAGACGCGGAUCAAGUUCCCCUUGCAGCUGAAAGUCGGAUUCAGCACCGGUUCCGUGUCUGCCGGAGUUGUGGGGUCAGUCAUGCUAAGAUACUGCUUGUUCGGGGACACAGUCAACACUGCGUCGCGCAUGCGCUCUUGUGGACAACCGAACAUGAUUCACAUCAACGAACCGACCUUCAGACUCCUUGAUAAGACCGGUUUCUUUGUGCUGAAACCACGUGGAACGAUCACUGUGAAGGGCAAAGGUGAGAUGCUGACCUACUGGCUGAUGGACGCCAUAACCAAACCCACGAAGAACCCGAAGACGAACGAGUAUCGAUUACCAGGCGAGGCGGACAGCUACACAAGCUCUUCCUCACUGUAUAACCCAAGCGGGGUUGGACCCAGUGAUCUUUACAGAAUGGAAAAGAAGACCUCGGCCAGCGGCUCUAUGUCGCAGUACGCCAUAAGUUAUAUAUAG